AGGCGGCGAAGGGACGGGAAGGCGAAGAGGCAAGGCAGGGGGCGGGCGGGGGCUCCCCGCCGCGGGGCUCGGCUCGGCGGGGCCGGGCUCGCUCCUCCCCUCGGCGCCGAGGCGGAGCGGGGCGGCGGCUCAGCGCCCCCAUGGCCCUGGCGGCGGGGCAGCGGGCGCGGUAGCCGGGCUGCGGCUGCCUCGGAGCUGCCCAGGGAGGGCGGGCUGGACAUGAGCCUCGCCGCCGGGCUCCGAGCGGCGGCCGGCGACUGAGCGAGCGACAAAGAAGUUUCUCCGGCGGCGGCGGCGCAUCGCGGCGCUCCCUCAUGCACGCCCCCGGCCGCCCGCCCUGGGGCGCUGCCCGGCCGGCGGCCGGCGCCGAGCGGGCCAUGGAGCCCCGAGCGGGGCUGCACGGCAGCCCGGAGCUGAGCCUGGCCCCGCGGCUGAGCGUCGGGGAGCUGCGCUCCCUCUUCGAGGCUCGCUGCGCCGCUGUGGCCGCCGCCGCCGCCCGGCAGCUGCCCGACCCGGCCAAGAGGGGCUGCCGGCCCCCCAACGGGGUGCUGCCGCCCGUCAUCCCCCGCCUCACCGUCACCCCCGAGGAGGGCGAGGAGGCGCAGGGCAGCCCCAAGGCGCCGCCGUCGCACGCGGAGAGCGGCUGGCUGAGGACGGACAGCUCGCUGCACCUGCAGUCCCGCCGCCUUUCCACCUCCUCGCUCUCCUCCACGGGCUCCUCGUCCCUCCUCGAGGACUCCGAGGACGACGUGCUGAGCGACACGGAGGGCAGGAGCCAGGGCAUCGUGCACCUGGAGCACGGCGAGGAGCACAACCAGAAAAAGGCAUGGAAUACCAUUAAAACCAUGGUGAACUUACCAGUGAUCAGCCCCUUCAAGAAACGCUACUCAUGGGUACAGCUGGCUGGGCAUACAGGAAGUUUCAAGGCAGCUGAUAGCGGGAAGAUUCUCAAACGCUUCUCAGAGAAUGAAAAGGAGUGUUUUGAGCGGCUGAUGAAAGACCCGCUACGCUCCUGCGUCCCUUGCUUCCAUGGGGUGGUGGAGAGAGAUGGAGAGAGCUACAUUCAGUUGGAUGACCUACUUACUGAUUUUGAAGGGCCGUGUGUGAUGGACUGUAAGAUGGGGAUCAGGACAUACCUGGAAGAGGAGCUGACUAAAGCCCGUGAGAAACCAAAGCUGCGUAAGGACAUGUACAAGAAAAUGAUUGAAGUGGAUCCUCUUGCUCCCACAGCUGAGGAGAAUGCCCAGCAUGCUGUCACCAAGCCCCGAUACAUGCAGUGGCGGGAAACAAUCAGCUCUAGUGCCAACCUGGGCUUCAGAAUCGAAGGGAUUAAGAAGGCAGAUGGAACAUGUAACACAAACUUCAAAACUACAAAGACACAGGAGCAAGUUCUCCAAGUUUUUGUGGAAUUCAUUGAGGGCAACACAACUAUUCUGAAAAAAUACCUCAAGCGUCUGCAGGAAAUUCAUAUCAUUCUUGAAUCCUCGGACUUCUUCAAGCGACAUGAGGUCGUUGGAAGCUCACUACUUUUUGUACACGAUGGCAGUGGGAAUGCGAAUGUGUGGCUGAUUGAUUUUGGGAAGACCACCCUUCUCCCUGAUGGGCAGACACUGGAUCACAGGAUCCCCUGGCAAGAAGGCAAUAGGGAGGAUGGGUACCUGUUGGGAUUGGACAAUUUGAUUCGCAUCUUGGAGAGCAUCACUGAAAGAUGAGUUGAGAGUGGCACAAAACUUACAGGGCUGCUUUGUAACUUUCUGCUCUACUGGAAUCAUUUGGAAGGAAACCUCUUUAACUCCCUCCAAACUCCUGAGAUCAUCACAGUGCAGAGGGAACUGCUUCCAGAGCCCAGCAGUUAGUUAUCAAAAUGACAUUUACAUCAGCCCUCUGUGAACCUAAGUAACUAACUCCAGAUUGGUCUGUAUUGCACCAGCCUGACUUCAGGCUGGUCUUCAGAGAAUCAAGGUCUCCGUACUCAGGAAUCACACCAGCAUGAGUCAAGAGGUCUGUAUGGUAAACCAGAAUGAUUCUGAUUUCUGGCAAACAGAUGGGACUCCGGAUUACCUCUUAGUAAACAAGAGCAAGUGAUUGGGGAUUCAGGGUAGGAAUAACAUUUUUUCAGGGAACUGCAUAGUAUUGAAACCAGCAGGAGUGUUUUUUCCCCUAAUUCCAAGUCUCCUUGCUCUUGUGUAUACUAUAGGUUGGACCAACAACAGCUGCUGCAUUGUGUUAUAGGUGUGCACAAGGUGGAGAUUGGUGAUAAUCAGAAGAAACCUGGAGCAAAGGGAGACAACAGUUUGUAGUAGCUGGAUGUGGUAACUGCUGUUGAUCAGUCCUCUCCCCACCCUAGCCUCAAUUCACUUCUGUCCAAGAACAGCCUUGGUUUUUAUGUAGCCUCUCAGGAGAUUACAGAUACUCUAGGGAGAGAAUAGUAGACUGUUGUCUCCAAAAACAUUUGACUUUCAGACUGGGUGGGCUGCUGGAAAAGUGCCUAGCUUGGCAAGUUUGGCCUCUUGUGGCUGAACUGCAGUUCUGAAAAUCAGUAAUAACACUCUGGCACACAGACUGGGGAACCAAGGGUUUUUUUCAAGGCUGUUUAUUUUUAAGGUAAAGCCCCUACACAUGCACACACCUGCACGCACUAGUAGCCAGCAACCACUGUGAUCUCUUCAGAUCAUAGUUUGACUGUCUUCUAAUGCACAUGAAAGAGGUGACUUCUUGGCCAUAUUCCUGUUCCCAAGUAUGAUGCUGUCACGUAAGUGCACAGACUGGAGCAGUGAUCAGGAAGGUAAUGUUUCUGCAUUCACAGCAUUACACUAAUGACAAUUCCCAGGCAUCCUUUCUCCAAGGUAUCAGCUGUUAACUCAGAGCAGUUUGGGAGGAGGAAUGUCAAUGCAUCACAUCCCCUAAUCCCUGUCUGGAAUCACAGGGCCACUUGUGCUUAGUUUUUUUUUCACUGUGGCCCAGGCACAACCUCAGUGUUUAGAUUAAAAUCCAGAAAUACUGAAAUGAUGCAUUUUCUUUUAAUGGCUUCACCUACCAUUGCUGUUGGUUGCCUCUAGCCACUUGAACAGUUUUUUAAAUAGUAGCAGUAUAAAUACUAUCAGUAUUCACCUGUUCACUCACAUUCCAGGUUUUAGUAUAAAUAAUAUGAAUAAAUAAUAUGAUAAUGCAGUUUCCAAAAUGAGGACAAGACUUAUAUUAGUAUUUGAUUAAUUCCCUGUUAACAUCUUAAGCUGGUAAUGCAUAUUGAUCAGAAAUUGCUCUCUCUUGCCAGUGUCCUGUCCUCGGAUGCGAUUCCAAGAACUUUAGGAUAUAUGAAGGUAACUCUGUGCUUUGGGAAACUGCUAUUUCAAGUAAUUCAUGACUGUGAGCAUAAAAAAACCCCACACGUGUACAGUCCAGCUCUGGCAUGAAAUGCAGCUAUAACAUUUGUAAUUAAUAUUGACGGGCCUAAAAGAAUUUAUAAAAAAAAAAUAAAAAAAAACAACACAAAAGAGUUACUUUAGAUAGCACACUACUGUACUAAGCGAUCAGCUCUAAUACCUUUUUCAUCACCUCUAAACAAAACAGCAGUAUUAAAACUCGAUCUUGAUUGUGGCCUGAAAGUUAGAGGGCAUAAAGUGGGUAUACUGUGGGAAAUAGUGAGGCAUGGAGACAUUGCAUCCUUAAACAGAAAUUGUUUGAAACAGGUAAUUUUGGCAUUUCACUGCAAAUACAAGUUUCUUCUAUGGCAUCCCAGAGUCCUUCUCGGGUUUAUUUUCAUGAUAGUACGCUAAUGAAUUUUCCACUUUUUCAGGUUUUUUAUUAGCUGUUUCAAAGAGUUAAUGCAUUUUUUUUAAAGUUGUGGUGAGCCUUCAACAGCAAGCACACAUAUUAGCAUUCCAGAUGCCUCCUAACUUUGAAAUUGCUAUGAGAUGACAAAUCAAUCUGUGAUGACUUUCAUACGCUUAAUUAAAAAAAAAAAAACAAAAACAACUUCCUCCUUUCCUGCAGCCAAUAGGUAAACAAACCAUCAGUUAGCAAUACUUAAAGGGAAAAGGAGGUAAAUGGGUCUUACAGGAGAGGACUUUAAUAACAAGACCUUGUGUAUAAGACUUCAAUUUCAGAGAGGGAAAAAAUAAACUAGAGAAGUUAGACAUGAGACUGUUAAGGUGAUACAAUUCAUUAGUAGUCUGCCUAAUUACCCUUUAGAGAUGAAUUCUUUCUUUUUUUGUUAUCACAUGUAUGAACCUUUUGUACCAGUACAACUUAUUUUUGGGGGUGGGGUGCGGGAGGAGGAUGUAGAACGUAAAAGUUAGUUGAUGCUCAAAUGUUACUUGGGUCUUUGAGACAAACUUUUAGAAUUAAUGUGCAGUUUUAAAAGAGAAGUAGAAGCAGUAUGGUACCAGUAGCUCCAAAAAAACUGACUGCUGCUAGCACCUCAAAGGAUGGUUUGCAGUAUAUAGUCUUGGGGGAAAACAUGGCAAGUGCUUUAUUGCUGUGCAGUAGUUGGAGAGGUCAGAAAAAUAGAAAACCUCUGCUAUAGCAGUCCCUGCUCUGGAAACCCAUUCUAGAUGCUAAAUAGUUUUAGCAAGUUUGUUUUGAAAGGGCCCUUUGGCUUGUCAAAGGGUUAGAGAGGAAGAAACCACAAUCUAACAUUCUGCUGCUGUUACAGGAAAAGCGAAAAGGAGGAAGCUUUUCAUUAGCAAAUGCCAAGUGUAGGACUGCAAAUGAGGACUGGAGCUCUCAGGGGCUGGAGGCUAGGUGCCUACGAGCAAAUUAUCACAGGGUAAGUUAGAUACCUUGAUUCACAGCAGAAGUCCCAGUGUGUACACGCAUGUGCUACUGUGAGGAAGCAGCAUAGCUUUCUUUUACUAUGGGGUAAGUUGCCUUGAACAAGAUUGUAUUUAUGGGAGGAUCAACAUGGUGCCUUUGCACAGGCAUUUACUGUAUAGAGCUGAUGCAUGACAACCAAGGCACUUGCUCACAUACAAGUCUAGAACACAGUUCUUUAAUGCUUCUGCUGAGGUGUUGCCUCACUCUGGAGACGCUGAAAUCACAUGCGUUUCCACAGCAUGGUAAGAUAUGCUGGUCCAGAGGCACCUUAGUGCUGAGCAGCUAACCUCUGAGUUAGGCACCAAGGUCAUUAAACUCACUAGUUAGAUGCUCAGUACGUCAGAUGUUUGGUACUGUAGCUGCUGCAUGCCUGUGUGAAGCUAGCACUAGGACUUCUCUGCCCCAGCUUUGACAAUGACUUGCUUUUUGGCCUUGGAUAACUAUCCUAGGCCUCAGUUUUGUUCCCAUUUUACAGAUGGGAAUAGUAUGUACUUACCUCACAGGAAUGGUGUGAGGCUGUAUUUCAUUAUUGCUUGCAAGAUGCUGUGAGAUUCUUUGGAGGAAGGUGCAGUAUAGAAAUAAACAAACAAAUGCAUCAGAUAAGUUUUUAAAUGAUAGGUGUUAAGUAAGGUUCCCCCAGAUAUAAAUUUGGAUUAAAUUUAACCAAAGUGAUACAAGAUAAAUCCCUCUUUAUUUAAUACAUGUGGAAUAUUCACUUACCAUCUGAUCCAGUUCCUGUGAUAGGGAAAGAUUUUGAUGGGAGUUGGACCAAACCCUUAAGUAUCUCAGAGGGCUCUUGCUAUUUUUUAUUUUUUUGUAUUGCUGUUGUUAUUAUUUGUUAUGGUACUGAGAUCAAAUGGCCUGUAUCAUCCACAGUGCAUCUGUUCUGAACACUACAAUGCAAUGCUGACCAUGGUCACUUUUGACAUUGACUGUAUUGACUGUUUGUUACUCUGAAGUGUGUAUGCUAAUAAAUAAAUGAGACUGAAGGAAAAAAAGGG